GUGUUUAAGUAUUAGUCCGGCCGGACCGACAGCCACAAAUCACAAGCGCCAGAGCCGGACAGCCCAGCGGUCAAGCCUUGGGUCGAGUUUCUUCUUUCCUCUUCCGUCCCCGUUCUCUCUCGUGCUUCCCCACAGUCUCUCUUUGCCAUCCAUUUGCUUCUUCUCCAUCCCCGUGCGGGUGGCCGGCUUUUUCUUCCUCUUUUAUUCUUCUGUCUCGGUCCCUUGCUUUCUCUCUUUCUCUUUCUCUUGCUUUCGAUCGUUUCCCCCGUCGUUUUCCCCCUCUCCGCAUCACACGAUAUGCCCGUAACGCCUCGGGAGUGAUGGCGGCCUCCUUACAGCAAUCCGAGGCAGAGCGAGAGAGAAUUCGGGAUCUUUCUCGGUACUAUUGCACCGUCGGUCGCCCCGCCCUCCGACUGGAAGCCGCUGCAGAGGAGAGUCGCCACGCCGCCGAGGGCGAAGUCCGUCUCUCCUCCGAUAUCACCCUGACGGCCCUGGCUCAGCUGGCUGUCUUUCGCUUUUCCUGUAGCCGCGCCUUCAUCUCCAUCAUCGAUGGCGCCAACCAAUAUCUCAUCGCCGAAGCCACCAAGUCCGUCUCGCUACGGGAUAAGGAUCAGCAUGACCCGGGCGAUGGUAUCUAUCUCGGGGUCCGCACCCUGGACCUGAUCUGGGGGGUCUGCCCCCAUUCCAUCGCCCUGUUCACCGGCCAGGAUCCCUCCAAAGUGGUCGACUCCCCCAAUCUCACUGCCAACACCUCGCGCUUCGUCGUCCGUGACUUCACCCAGGAAGAAUUCUUUCAAAAUCGCCCCUAUGUAGUCGACUGGCCCCAUUUCCGCUUCUACGCCGAGGUGCCCUUGUACAGCCCUGCCGGUCAUGUUCUUGGCUCUUUCUGUGUCAUCGACGAUAAACCUCGCUCCGUCUUUGGGGAUCGCGAAAUCGCUUCCCUCCGCGAGGUCGCCGAUGCCGUCGCCCAGCAUCUCGAGCACGUCCGCAUCUCCCAUUCGCAUCGCCGCGCCGAGAGUCUUGUCAAGGGCUUGACCAGCUUCGUCAAAGACCAUCCUGCCUUCGAUCCGACCGACGUGCCCAGUCCCAGCAACGGAUCCAUGCUGGUCCCCGGCACCCAGCCCGCGCCCCAGGAACCCCUGUCGUUGGCCAAGGAUAACCUCCCGGUGACGCCUAGCCAGUUGCACUCGGCCUCCUCCGAAAUGACCGGCGAUCUGGCCUCCCUGUUCUCCGCUGUGACAUGCUCCGAGCUCACCGCCACCUCCACCUCGGUCAAUGUGCCCGGACCCCGCCCGACCACCGCCGUACCGGCCGACGAACCCCUACCGGCCGAUGUGUCCGAGACACGAGAGCCGAGCGUCGUCGUGUCCGACCACACCGAGUUUCCCUCGGUGUCCGUCAUCGACCGCGAAGCCCGCUCUGAGAGCCUUGGUCGCAUCUUCACCCGCGCCAGUGUCACCCUGCGCGACUCGAUGGACUUGGAUGGAGUCGUGUUCCUGGACGCCAGUCGAUGUAAUGCCGGAGUCAGUGUACGGCCCGGCCAGACCGGGUCUUGGGAGCCCCUGCCCACGACCGCGAAUCCUGAAUUUCUUGCCGAUCCCUAUCCCAGCCCGGUGGACCUCCCCGGGGUGGGGUCCCUGUCCAACAUCUCCGAGAAGCCGUGCGAGGUGCUGGGGAGCGCCCAGCAGCCGUCCGCGGAGGAGGCACACACUGGAAUGCCUGUCACCGAAGCCCUCCUCAACCAAAUGACUGCCGCCUUUCCACAUGGCCAGUUUUUCAACCUACACGAGUGGAUCGACGAAGACAAAGAUCAGCCCCCUGACAUGUUUUCCUCUCAUCUCACGGCGGCUGCGAAGGCCCCGGCGGCAGGGUCUGAAGCUGGGAUCCGGCGCGAGAUCGGCCGUCGACUCCGACAGCACUUGCCAGACGCCUACUGUGUGCUCUUUUACCCAUUGUGGGACUGGAACCGAUCGCGCUGGCUGGCGGGUACACUCGUUUGGACCCACGCCAGUGAUCGCGCGCUGGGUGUGGACGAGCUACAUUAUUUCAAGGUGUUUGGCGACUCGAUCAUUUCAGAGGUUGCCCGCGUCGACUGGGCUAGCACCCAGCAAUCUAAAUCGGAUUUCAUCUCCUCCGUCAGCCAUGAGCUGCGGUCCCCUUUGCACGGCAUCCUGGCCAGUGCAGAAUUGUUGCAGACUACCCCGUUGCAUUCGAGUCAGGCGCAUUGGAUGAACAUGGUCAAGAGUUGCGGUUUGACCCUGCUGGAUACCUUGAACCACUUGCUGGAUUUUGCCAAAAUCAACAACUUGACCACCACCGAAGACUCCAGCCCUGACCCAUCCACCCCUAGUGUGACGAACCUCCUGGCUGUCUUUGACCUGGACGAGCUCAUUGAGGAGGUCACUGAUGUCCAGUACACCGGCCAACGGCUGGCUCAAGCGGUGGCUCCCCUGACAGGGCGCCCCGCGAACCCCCAACCGGCACGAUCCGACGGAGAGCUGACGGUGGUGGUGCGUGUACAGGAGCGCAACACCUGGCGGGUGCAGUCGGUGGCCGGCGCAUGGCGGCGCAUUGUCAUGAACCUGCUGGGCAAUUCCUUAAAGUGGACCAAAUCCGGUUUCGUCGAGGUAUCACUCUCCAAGGCCCGCCGGGAAUCUAACCCGCACUCUGUUCUCGCCCAUCUGUCGGUCACUGACACUGGCGCUGGCAUUGCGCCGGAUUUUCUCCGGCACAAGCUGUUCUCCCCCUUCACGCAGGAAGACACUCUGUCAGAAGGGCUGGGACUAGGUUUCAGUAUCGUUCGCCAGCUGGUCGCUUCGUUGGAUGGUCACAUCGAUGUGCGGAGUGAGGUGGGCGUGGGCACUCAGGUCGACAUCUACAUUCCCGUGCACCCCCAGUCGGACAGCGCAUCGCACGGGUCUCGCCGCUGCAGCCCAGAGGAGCUGGCCUCGCCGGUUCUCCCCAUGGUUGCCUGCCUUGUCGGAUUUGAUGGAUAUCCCAACCCGCGAGAGAUUCCCACGGGCAUUCUCCCGGCAGAGGCCAAGCGCAAGCUGGCCAUCCGCAGCUCGCUGACUUCAGUGCUGUUCCAUCAACCGGGAUGGACGCUAACGCUGGCCGAGUCGCUCGAUCAUGCUAGGGGGGACGUGGCCGUAAUCGAGGAGAGCGAUCUGAGCGCGAUGCCGGGAGGCCAGUCCGCAUUGGAACUGGCGAGGAAGGGAGGAUUCAAGUUCUUCAUCGUCCUUGACAGCAACCAGCCGUCUUCGCAAGUCGAUAUGCUCGCUCCAAACAUGGUCCGAGUGUCUCAGCCAUUCGGUCCGCAAAAGUUCGACAACGCGAUCAAGCGGGUGCAAACUUUGUACCGGGAAUCUCGACUGAACCGUCCUCCAUCGCGGCCCUCGCCGAUGCCGCUGCAACCCUCGCGACCCGCCUCCCCCGAGCUGUCCCAGCGGUCUGCGCCGGACUCGGCCAUGGACUUUGCCUCGCCAUGCCCGCCGCUGGAGGCCCCCCAUUCGCACCCUCCCAGCAAAGCCCCCAAAGACAUCCAUGUCCUCAUUGUAGAUGACAACGACAUCAACCUGAAGAUCUUGGCCACCUUCAUCCGAAAAAUCGGGUGCAGCUACGAUACUGCAUCCAACGGGCUCAUUGCCCUCAACACCUACAAAGCCGCCAGCCGGCGCCACGAUCUCAUCUUGAUGGAUAUCUCGAUGCCAGUGAUGGACGGCAUUGUCUCGACCGAUCAAAUCCGUCGGUACGAGAAGAAAAAUGGACUCAUCCCCUCGCGCAUCAUUGCCGUGACCGGCUUGGGGUCGGCAGACCGACAGCAACAAGCGGUGGCGGCCGGGGUUGAUGAGUACCUGGUGAAGCCCGUGUCUCUGCAUGGGCUGAAAAAAGUGAUGCGAAUUUCAUGAUGACGACCUUUUCACGAUACCUUCCUCCGUCGGUCUGUAUACAUACCCCGUGGUACCUUCUGACCGACCUUGUGAUAUAUUAUUUUUUCCCUAGAUCUUUCAUAGUAGACAAAUGUAUAUACGAAUAUUUGCCUCAACCGGUUGAUUUUCAUUAUUUUACAGCGGCAUACUCAGUCUGGUCAGUUAGUGGGCUUUCAUUUUUGCAACCCAGCGAUCGGUCCUUUUCAGUCUUUCGUCUGCAUAUAAGAUUACACAACUGUUCAUCGUCCAAAUGGAUCUAUGCAAUGGCUUUGGGAUCAGCCAUAUCAACUUCGCCAGAAAUUCAACGAGUGACUCCAGUCAGCCAGCGGGGAGUUCUGAAACGUGGCUCGCCCCAUCCGUGCGCUCUCCACCGAGUCCCG